AUGGUGUUAUCAGAGCCCGUUACUGUGGCCUCACCUUCCACAACAGGUCAAACUUCCAACCUAUGCACUUCCCAAAUUCCAGAAACUGGUUCUCUAUCAGUAAAAAUGGACUUAAACACAGGACCACCACUGACUGGAUUAGAUAGUCCAGUGGCGCGACCACGUAUCUAUCGCCCACGAAGACUUAAUAGCCCUUAUAAAUCUAAAACUACAGUUCAAUCUAAAAUUGACCCAGAGUGGGUAAAGGGACUAGAGAAUCGCAGACUUGAUGCAGAGACCAAGCUUGCAGAGGCUGCUCUUUUUAUGGCAGAGUCUACGCGAACACAAGCCGAAGCAGCUAAGGUGCAAGCAGAUACGAUGCGAUCUCUUGUUGAACUACCACCAUGUGGUGGUCAUAAUGUGGUACUCUGUGUGCCAAUAGACAUCUCCAACGCGCUUUUAGAACUCCAAUGUAGCACUCCACUGUAUUUCUGGUACGACAGUGAACAUUUGGGUAGUGCUCUUCUGCACUACCAGGUUCUGCAUUUACAAUUGGAGUUAAAAGCCAUGGCCUCAGUGGAUAGCCAGAAUCACCUG